ACUGCGGUUAUGAGAUGGUAGAACAUUGUUUAUGGGAAUAAAAGUGAUAGCGACGGAAAAGUUACUAUUUAAGUGUGAUAUAUUCCAAUGAUGUUGUAAAAAAAAGUUUUCACAAUUGCAUGUUUUCGGUAUUGCUAUUCUUGCUUUGCAUCUUCGAGAAUGACUGAAUACAAACUGGUUGUUGUGGGUGCGGGUGGCGUUGGGAAAAGUGCAUUGACAAUUCAACUUAUACAAAAUCAUUUUGUGGACGAAUAUGAUCCUACAAUAGAAGAUUCUUAUCGGAAACAGGUUGUGAUUGACGGAGAGACGUGUUUGUUAGACAUAUUGGACACAGCAGGUCAAGAAGAAUAUAGUGCUAUGAGAGACCAAUAUAUGAGGACUGGUGAAGGUUUUCUUUUAGUUUUCGCAGUUAACAGUGCAAAAUCCUUUGAAGAUAUUGGAACUUAUCGCGAGCAGAUCAAAAGGGUUAAAGAUGCAGAAGAAGUCCCGAUGGUUUUAGUUGGGAAUAAGUGUGACCUACCAUCGUGGGUAGUUGAUACAAAUCAAGCACGCGAAAUAGCCAAGCAGUAUGGAAUCCCCUUCGUCGAAACAUCAGCAAAAACACGUAUGGGUGUUGACGACGCAUUCUAUACCCUUGUACGAGAAAUCAGAAAAGAUAAGGAGCACAGAGGACGAGAAAAACGAAAAAGAUUGAGAGGAACCCACAAAAAGAAGAGAUGCUGUUUGCUGUAGAGGUUUAAUCACUUUAACUUAUAACUAUAUUUCUUUUAAUAUUAAAAUUUUUCUAAUCUCGUUCCAUAAUUGCAUAUGAUGAGCAAUUAAUUCUUCUUUGCAUUUGCUAUGGUUGUUAGAAGCGUAAAAGCUGCUUAUACUUCCACUGUGAUUUCCACUCAGCUGUUGUCCUUUUUUUUCUGUUUGCAAAGAAAAUAAAGAAGUUUCCCGUGUGUGUCAAACCGAAAAACUGCCAAGGAAUGGGGAAAACUGAUGCUCACAUAUGUUUUGAUAAGAGAUUUUUUUAUUGUUAUCAUUAUAAAUACUUGCCUUCAUUGUAGAAGUUUAUUUUGUCAUCGAGAUCAUUUUAUUAUGUUAUUUAUACUGCCAGUAACUUUAGUGUUUACAUUUUCUGAAUAAAUGAGUCAUGUUUGCAAUAACAUUUGGCAAAUGGUACUCCUAUUUGAAAGUCUUAAGCACAAAUUCCAGUGUAGCUGAUUUUGCAUCAUAUAUGAUGUGCACAAUUCAUAAUUUUUUUAAACUCUGUGCUUCAAGGUAUGUAAACUUUUACUCGUGUGUGUGUGUGUGUGUGUGUGUGUGUGUGUGAGAGAGAGAGAGAGAGAGAGAGAGAGAGAGAGAGAGAGAGAGAGAGAGAGAGAGAGGGGUCCUUUGUAAAUGUUUUCAAAUUCACUUUGCUGUGUACAGUUAUCAUUAUAAUUAUUUACAGUUCCCUUGUGAUACCUUUUGACAUUUAAUAUGUCUUGUCAUACAGUUAUAAAAAUUUUGUUCUUUUGUAAUUCUGGUCACUGCAGGCAGAUGUUCACCUUUGUCAUUUUUUUAAAAGUAUGUUUCAUGAAAUGAAUAACUUGUGUACUGAGAGUUAUUGUGAAGUGACCAGGCUGAUGCUGAACAGUAGAAGUUACAAUCAGCGUAAAAGUGCUUGGGAGACUUUCAGAUAUCUUGAUCACAAUUUUAUUAUUCCAGUACACCUCACAUGUUUCAACAUUACACCAUUAUCAGAGGCAAAUGCUUUAUGCCAUUAUUACUGUGAAUCAGUAGAAACUUGUCCAAAUGGGUAUCUGGUAUCUAGUCACCAUUCCUUCAUAACAAGCAAUUGCAAACUGAUAUUAAGCAUUUGCCUUUGAUUAUGACGUAAUAUUGAAAAGUGUAAUGCAUAUUGCAAUAGGGCCUAGUAAAAUUGUGGUCAAGACAUCUCAAAAUGUUAAAAUGAACAAUAUAACUGAAAGAUUAAGUUGCUGUCUUAUUGAUAUGAAGAGAGUUAUCAAAUUGUGGAGCUGUACUAGUUAUAAGUCUUCUGAGAAAGGAUAUUGAGUGCACGAAGGAGACUGUAUCAGUAAUGAACAGGUAAUACAGCCAUUUUUAAAAAAAAUA